AUCCGCUUCAUAGCUUAUAACGGAGCCGACCUUGACUCGAGGCAGACAACGCCAUGGCCCGCGCCUGUUUCGUGUUCGCGCUCCUGCUGGUGGUUGCCGCCUGCAACGCCAAAGUGUGGGACCGCUGCACUCUGGCCAAGACUCUUCUCCACAAAUACAAGAUACCACGUUGGCAGUUGGACUCGUGGAUGUGCAUCGCCUUCAGAGAAUCGCGUUAUACCUCGACGCACAUAAACACCAUCAACGCAGACGGCUCCAAGGACUACGGCCUCUUCCAAAUCAACAACCGGUGGUGGUGCCACAACAACGAGUCUCCGGCCCCCAACCAGAAUUCGUGCAAGGUGCACUGCGACACAGUCCUGAAAAGCAUGGACGCCACUGUCAAGUGUAUUAAGAUUAUGUACGCUAAGGCCAAGAAUUCGUGGGAACCUUGGAUCACCUACCCGUACUGCAAGAAACAGGAUAUGACAGCCUUCACCAAGGGUUGUGGUAUCUAAAGCCCAAUACUUUAUCGUUGUAUCGCAAUGAGGAAAACUUGAUUGAGAAUUUGAAUAAAGUCACUCAACUUUUUC